AUGGCAGCCAAAGCAGUCGCAGCUGCAGUCAACUGGGCGAGUGUAUCAUCAAAGCUCAAGCCAGAAACGGUCGCUGCUCUGAAUGCAUUCCGUCGACGACACACAGAUCUCACCAAACAAGUUACAGAGUUACGGGAAGCUCAAGUCACAAUUGAUUUCGAGGCAUACCGUCGUGUGUUGAAAAACAAAAAGGUCGUAUCUGAAGCUGAAAAGGCGUUCAAGAACUUUUCUCCUGCUACUAUCGACUUGUCGGAACAAUUGAAGAAUAUCGAAAAGCAGGAGGUCCUUGCCAUCGCUGCUGCUCAAAACACAGUCCAAAAGGUCACUGUAGAACUCGAUGAAUUGAAUGACUUGUUGACAAACAUUGAAACUGCUCGUCCUGUCGAGCAAUUGACUGUCGAAGAUGUCGCAAAGGCUAUGCCGGACUUGGACGCCACUGUUGAAAAGAUGGCAAAGAGAGGUCAAUGGAGAGUACCUGGUUACUAUGAGAAGUUUGGCGAGUUCCAAGUCGGAUUCUAA